GAAUUGGGCUUCUUCUUCGUCUUCUGUAUCAGUGGGGCUUCCAGAGAGGUCUAGAGAAAGCCAGAAACAGAAACCCUUUUUCCUUCUCUCUCAUUGGGCUUCGUUCUAACAAUUUCUCCUGUUUUUUCCUACUCUUGUUUAUAUAAAGAUACGAUUCCAUUUGUUCUUCGCUGAAUUUGGUCGGAGGGGAAUCAGAUUUUUUCAACCACUACAGAUUUGGUGGAGGAGUUUCUGUUUGAUCGGACAUGAAGAUGAAGAUGAAGAGGAAAGAUCUCGAUCAAAUUAACGAUGAGUUCUCCGAUUUCUCUCUCUCCUCGCCUGCCAGGAAGAUUCGCCGUUUGGAUGUCGGUUUGCCGCCUAUUAUUGAAGAAGAAGAACCGCCGGAAAUUGCUGUUUUAAGCGAGCAGCCAUUGAUGCCUGAGAAUUUUGUUGCAAGUCGGGGCGGUCUGAGGAUUGAGGAAUUGCCAGAUGCUUCCUCUGUCUCUGCUUCAGCUUGUGCUAUGGAGGAUCGUCCUUUCUGCGACAACCAAGAGAGGGCUAUUGUUCUCUUUAAGCCUGUGAACACGACUUUCUUGCAGUCAUCUCCUCUUUCGGUCUCUGUUGAUUCGGACAUUAUAUCUGGCUUCAGAAGCGAAAUUCUCCGUGAAAACCGUAAUGCUAGCAGGCUGAAACUGGGUGAAGACGACGACGAAAUGGGGACAGAGAACAGGAAUUUAGCUGUUGUUCCAUGGGUUCCACGGAUGCAGGUUCCUGCUCCUACAAACAUGGAUGUGCCCCAAGAGGAAGCUCCACAGAUGAUGGAAGCUGAGGAGAUUGAAGGGGCAACAAUGGAGAUUGAAGAUGACAGCUUCAGCAGUCAACAACCUUAUGGCUAUGGUGGAAUGGAUGGCGCUAAUGCUAUACAUCAAUGGCACCAACAGCACUGCAUGAUCCCACAGCUGCCCCAACAAACGUCCGCACCCAUAACAUGGUUCCGUUGAUGGUAUGUACAUGGUGAAGAAUGCCAUCUUUUGAUCUCAUGGGGGGCGCUAGGAAAUAGGCUAAUUUGCAGCAAAAUUGACUUCUAAACAUCAUAUGGGUAUAAAUAUAAUGCCUUUUUGUUCCUCUUGCUCUUGUGUUCAUCAUCAUGUGGCAGCUUUUCUUAUCUGAGGAGUUGCUGUGUUGGAGAAUUGUGAGCUCUUGUACAAAUCUUUCUCCCCUUCAAAACUUCCCAGCUCAGCUGGAUUCUAAUGAAUCAGUAUUUUCCACUGGCAAAUGGCA